GAGACUGAGUGAGACGUCGUCGGACUUAUAAUAAAGACAACGUAUUUAAUAAAGACAACGAUAUUUAGUGCAACGUUUACCUUUGUAAAGAUUACAACGUGCUCAAGACAUUCAACUUCAUGCAAUGAUGCAUCUCCUGAAAAAGAUGUUGUCUAUCCCACUUGAGUUGCCGCUGACUUGUACGCAACGCUUCACAUACCUUUCUGCCCUCGUGGCGUACAUGAUCACGGGGCUGAUAAUGGCGCUCGCACCAGACCUCUGGAACAUCGUGCUGCGAUUGGAUUUUGGCGCCGGAGGAAGAGGAUUUUUCAUUCUCGUUGCAUUGGGCCUGUUCGACAUAGGAUUGUGUAUGAUUGUUUUAGCAAGGAAUAAAGGCAGUCAAGAGCCAAACGCAGGACCGAUCCUUGGGACUGUUUUUAACCGCCUCGUGCUAGUCAAUGUAUACGCCUUGAAGUUCUACACUGAAGGAAUACUCAACGCCCGAUUUGCAGGCAUGAUGAGCGCCUUGGAUAGCACACUUGCUGUAAUAAUCUACGUGAUAUGGUCGCGAGAGAACACCGACGCAUCUUUGUCCAAAUUCUUUCAAGACCUUUGGUCCACAAUAAACCCGUUUUCGCAAAGACCACCUCAGUACCAGAGCUUUCUGCUUCUCGGCUAUGCCCAAGCCGCUUUGGAUUUCGUAGCUCCCUCGAUCCUACUGGCCAGCGGUAUUGCGCCAAGUGCUGUCGUGGGACGUCACGCAGAAGGCUUGUUUCGCGCCUUUUUUGUUAUUCGCAGCAUCAUUGCCUUCUUUCAAGUAUUCGCCGCGGGCUCACAAAAUGAUUCGUACCCAAUUGUUUCAGUGUUCCAUCGUCUGGCCUGCAAUAUCCCAGUAUUCCUUGCGCUGUGUUUCUCCUCUCAAAUACCAGUUGGCCUGGGGACGAUUCUGGUCAUUUAUGACUUGAUGCAAAUUGCUCUGACCAUCUUCAUUGCAAAUGCCGAUCACAGCAAGGCGAAGUGAAGCAACUUUGAACACAUUUA